AUGACCAGCUCGACGUGCGUGCUUCCGCUUCGAGGCAACGGCUCGGGAGAAUUCAGGGUGUCUACGCUCGCCCGUGAGCUCGCCGCCGUCCUUGGUCUGCCCGCCAUCCACCUCGACACCCUCUUCUGGGACCCGGGCUGGCAGAUGUGCCCAGUGGACGAGUUUCGCGCCCGGGUCCGCGCCGCCCUCGACCGUAGCGGUCCCCGCGGGUGGAUCGUCGACGGAAAUUACACCUCCAGACUCGGUAACAUGGUGGGGGAUGCGGCCACGGACGUCAUCUGGCUCGAUCCGCCCCUUCUGCUCUACUUCCCCCGCCUCUGCUGGCGCACCCUUCUGCGCCUCCUGCGCAUCGGAGACCCCUGCGCUCCGGGCUGCGAUGAGUCCAUUCGGGAGGUGUUCUUCUCCUCCGAGAGCAUCAUAUGGUGGUGUCUCUCCAACCACUGGACCGUGCGCAAGCGCGAAGGGGAGAGGUACCGCACGGACGGGGUCCAUGUGGGGGGCAACUGCAGACGCAUCGCCGGAUGGGGCGGGGAGCUCGCCGCGUGGAAGCGAGAUGUGCGGGCCAUGGUGGAAGCCGGUGCUCGCCGGUCUGCUGCGCGUCCGUCGUGA